GCUCUGAAAUUUGCCGCAUUAUCUUUCAGUACUUCAUCCUACAGGAGCCACAAUGGUUGCAAAUUGCGUAGGUUAGGAAACACAAUAAAUAGAUUAGCCCAGAACGGGCUUAGCCAACCGAAUACUGCAAGCAAAUAGCUAGUCAAGACUAAUUUAGUUUAGUAACGAUUGAGCAGAUGUUUUGCGCAAAACCUCGCUGGUAUUCGUAUUGAUUUGUGCUUUGUAACUGAGAACCUAUCAUAUCACUUACAGAAAUGAAUAUCUGUUUGUGUGUAUUCACGUAACGUACCUAGCGAAAGUUAUGAAGACUAACUAAUGUUGGCUCAACUUUUUUCGCCAUGAUGUUCACACCUCCACUGUACAAGCAGAGAUACCAGUUUGUUGUAGAGUUUGUUAAAAGGCACAAACCCAAGAAGGUGGUAGAUUUGGGAUGUGCUGACUGUAGUCUGCUCAGAAAGCUGAAAUUUCAUCGUGACAUAGAGCUGUUGGUUGGCGUAGACAUUGACAGUUCCGUUAUUAAACAUAAAAUGUAUGCUUUGGCCCCUUUCCCAAGUGAGUACCUGAAACCAGCUGACCAGCCGUUAACAAUUGAGCUUUAUCAGGGAUCUGUCACUGAAAAGGAAUUGCGCACCAAGGGAUUUGAUCUUGUGACGUGCAUUGAGCUCAUUGAACACCUGCCACUUGCUGAAGUGGAAAGGUUUUCCGAGGUUCUGUUUGGAUAUAUGUCCCCUGCCGCCGUGAUCGUCAGCACUCCAAAUGCUGACUUCAACCCCUUGCUGCCAGGAUGCUCUGGGUUUAGACACAUUGACCAUAAAUUUGAGUGGACCAAAACAGACUUUCAGAAUUGGGCUUUGGAGGUGUGUCGAUUAUACGGCUAUGUGGUGGAGUUCACUGGAGUAGGCAAAGCCCCCUCCAAUGAUGAGAGCAUCGGGUUCUGUUCUCAGAUCGGAGUAUUUCGCAAGGAUCCCUACAGAAGUGGUACUUCUGUGAGAUGUGAGAACUUGGAAAACACUUCUUCUUACAAACUGUUGUAUGAUGUGGUGUAUCCCAGCCUAUGUGACAACAAUAUCUUCCAGAGGACCCUGGUGAAUGAAGUCCUGUACUGGGCAGAACACGUCAAGAGGGAAUGGCUUGAAGCCUCAGAGAAGGAGGGAGCGGGUCUUCAUGUCAGUGACAUCACCGCUUUCCCCAAUGACCGUCAGGAGCAGGACAUUUCAGAAGAGGCGGCACAGGAGCCCUACUUGCAGGGAGGUUCAGUGUGUGUUCCUCUGGCCAGAGUGCUGUCUUUCCCCAGCGUGCACAGGCUGUGUGGCUCUCUGCAGCGACUGCAGGAGGCCCUGCAGGGUGACUGUCGGGUGGCACUGACGGGUGACUCUCUCGCCGUGGCAUUAGCCGCAGAUGAGGAAGAGGAGACCGAUGCGGAUGAGGAGUGGGCGGAAUGUGUGGGUCCUGCGUGCGCUGAAGCGGUAAAGUGUGCAGUGGAUUGCACAGAGGACUGGGACGCAGAGCUUUGAUGCCCCUGUGAGAUAUUACAGGGGAUCAGAAUGGUGCCUUCUGAUUGAGGCAUUCUUUAGAAUUCGAGUGGCAGUAGUGCAGGCUCAAGGUCAAGGCUUGGAUUCUACCACAGAAAUUUUGUAACAGAUCUGUGGCUCUGCUGUCAUCUGAUACAGUACACUAAACACUCACAAAAGCUGUAACAUGAUUUGCUAUACAUGUAGGUGAUGUUGGAAUGAAAACCAUAUUGUUUUUGUGUCCAAGAUUAAGCAGUUUUGCUUCAAAUAUUUCAUUUGUUAUAUUCAUUUGUUAUAUAUUUCAUCUGCAACAUGUGAAACGUUGCAGAUUUGUCAAAUUGAGAGAUUCGUUUUUGUUUAUAAAGUCUAAACUGCAUCUACUUUUUGUGUCUCAAAUGAUUCUAGCACAAUUGUGGUCAUGCAUGACCUUUGUUGUUUUUGAAAUGUUUCUCUCCAUUGUAAAUGGUCUAAAAUGUUAUGGCCUGGUGCUUGAAAAACAUGGAACACAAGUAUUCACCAAUCAUCUUCUCAUAAAAAAACGAGCUGUAUCCAU